UUAUAUCUGAUUACUAUAUUACAUAGAAAAUCGAGAUAUAUUAAAAUAUCAUGACAGGGUACCAAGACAACAAAAAAUCGUACAAAUUCCUCAAAUAUGCCAAUCCAGAACCAGGCGAAGAAGUUGUUAUUUCGGGAUUAGCGGGUAGAUUUCCAGAAUCCCAAAAUAUGAAGGAAUUGAAAAAUAAUAUUUUUAACUGCAAAGAUUGUAUCACCGAAAACGAACGCCAUUGGAAACUAGGUAAUUCAGAAAUUCCAAAGCAUUUUGGCAGAAUUCAAAAUAUUGAGAAAUUCGAUGCGUCCUUUUUUGGAAUACAUUUUAACCAAGCUCAUUUGAUGGAUCCUAUGAGCAGAAUGAUGUUGGAACAUGCUUACGAAGCUAUAAUAGAUGCUGGGAUUAAUCCAGAUGAUAUUCGUGGAACAAGGACAGGUGUAUUCGUAAAUUCAUGUUUCUCUGAUUCCGAACCAACUUUGCUUCACAGCAAACUUCAGGCAGAUGUUUUCGGUAUCACGAACUGUAGCAGAGAUAUGAUGGCUCAAAAUAUUUCGUAUUGGUUGGGUGUAACAGGUCCAUCAUAUAACGUUGAUACAGGGUGUAGUUCUACUCUUUAUGCGAUGGAUCAAGCUUACAGGUUUAUACGUAGUGGAGACUGCGAUUAUGCAAUCGUCAGUGGAUCGAAUCUUUGCCUACACCCAUAUACGUCUCUACAUUUUGUUCGUUUAGGGGUGUUGAAUCAAGAUGGUCGCUGCAAAGUUUUCGACGAAGGUGCAAAUGGUUACACGCGUAGUGAAUGUGUCUCUGUAGCAUUUUUGCAAAAAGCAAAAACUGCUAAGAGAAUCUAUGCUACGAUUAUUCAUGCGAAAACGAAUUGUGAUGGUUACAAAAAAGAAGGAAUAGCGUUUCCAUCUAAAGAAAUGCAAAGUACUCUUCUCAAAAAAUUCUACAAAGAAUGCGGUAUAUCAACAGCUUGUAUUCCUUACAUUGAAGCACAUGGUACUGGAACGAAAGUCGGAGAUCCUGAAGAACUAAAUUCCAUAGAUCAGAUAUUCACUAAAGAUAGAACUAAUCCUCUUAAAGUUGGUUCCGUAAAAUCGAACAUCGGACAUACAGAAGGAGUUAGUGGAAUUUGUUCCAUUGCUAAGGCGAUAUUAUCGAUGGAAUCUGGCAUAAUACCACCAAAUAUUAACUUCAACAGGCCACGAAAAGAUGCGAAAGGCCUUAUAGAAGGACGAAUCGAUGUUGUUACACAACAUACUCCCUUAGAUGGUGAAUACAUAGCCAUUAAUUCUUUCGGCUUCGGUGGUGCUAAUGCUCACGUUUUACUUAAGUCAAAUCCGAAAAUAAGGAUCAACAAAGAAUUACCAGAUGAUGAUUUACCUAGACUCAUUGCUGUAUCAGGACGUACUGCAGAGGCAGUAGAAACAAUAUUAAAUGAGAUCGAUAACCGAUCGAUAGACAUUGAAUUUAUUCGCCUUCUUCACGACAUUCAUCAUAAAGCAAUACCAGAUCACUUAUAUCGAGGAUACGUGAUAACCGACAUACAACAAUUUGACAUGAAAGUAAGGGAGAUCGAAUGCUUUUCUGGUACGAAGAAACCAAUAUGUUUCGUCUUCUCUGGAAUGAACUCGCAAUGGUCCGGAAUAUGUAAAGAUUUGAUGAAAUUUCCAACAUUUGCUAAAGUAAUAGAGAAAUGCGACGCUGUGUUAAAACCACGCAAACUCCAUAUUCAUGAAAUUUUAACUAGGACGGACAAUAACAUAUUAGAUAAAAACUUGCAUUCCCUCGUCGGUAUUGCUGCGGUUCAGAUCGGCUUGGUGGAGCUUUUAACGUCAGUAGGAAUACUACCGGACUAUAUAAUUGGAUAUUCUGUGGGUGAACUUGGUUGCGCAUACGUUGACAAAUGUCUGACAUUGGAAGAAACGAUAUUGGCAGCGUAUUCGCAAGGAAUAUCCGUAAUAGAAGCAAAAAUACCUCAUUGUUCUUUGGCCGUAGUAGGGCUUGGUUAUAAAGAUAUAAAAAAUUUAUGUACUAAUGAUAUCGACUUCGUGUGUCACAACGGACCCAAAUGUUCAACAAUUACCGGACCAGCAGAAUCAAUAAAAAGAUUUGUUGAAAAGCUACAAGCAAAGGAAAUUUUUGCAAAAGUGGUGUCGGAGAAAAGAAUACCGUACCACAGCUGCUAUAUGGCACCAGCUAAAAGCAAUCUUUUGACAAAUUUAAAAAAAGUGAUACCCGUAGCAAAACGUAGAAGUUAUAAGUGGUUGAGUACAUCGGUCCCACGGAACGAAUGGUCGACUUUAAGUGCACAAUUCUCAUCGGCCGAGUAUCUUACUAAUAAUUUGUUGAAACCUGUACUAUUUGCAGAAACGUCGAAUUUAAUUCCUAACAAUGCCGUUACCAUUGAAAUCACGCCAGACAGCCACCUACAAGAAAUGAUAAGCAAACCAUUGCAAGAAACGAUUAUGAAUAUUGCAUUAACACAGAAAGACCACAAAGAUAAUGUAAAAGUUUUCCUACAAGGAUUAGGGAAACUGUACAAUGUCGGCUUUCAGCUUGAUCUUGCUAAACUAUACUCCCCUGUAGAAUAUCCUGUAAGUCGAGGCACUCCAAUGAUAUCCCCUCUUAUUCGGUGGGAACAUUCCAACGACUGGUUCACAAUGAAUUUUUAUAGACAGGAACAAAUUGCUUCGGGAGAACGAAUUAUUUCAAUAUCGCACAACACUGAAGAAUACAAGUACAUAAAGGGUCAUGUGAUUGAUGGUAGAAAUUUGUAUCCUGGAGCAGGAUAUUUAUGCUUGGUGUGGGAAACAUUGGGAACGCUAAUAGAAAAGUUCUAUACAGAAAUGUUCGUCGUCAUGGAAAAUAUAAAAUUUAAUCGAGCCACAGCUAUACCCAAAGAGGGCAAAGUGGAAAUGGUUGUCAUGAUUCAGAAAGGUAGUGGUAAAUUCGAAGUGGUCGAGGGAAGUACUGUUAUUGUUACUGGAACAAUUCGUAAUAUGGAAUCGAACAUAUCCAAGGAGAAAGUACCCGCUGAUAUAAUCAAGAGAAAUCUUAAUAAUGAAGAAGAAGAAUUAAAUGAGAAGGAUAUCUAUAAAGAGUUGAAGUUACGUGGUUACCAAUAUAGCGGUCUCUUCAGAAGCAUACGCAGUGCGUCUGUUUCGGGAAGAAAAGGACACAUCGAAUGGAAAAAUAAUUGGGUAGCGUUUAUGGACAACAUGUUGCAGAUGAAAAUCAUUAAUGUAGAUACUAGAGAUUUAUUGGUGCCGACUGGAAUUCAAAAAUUAGUAAUAGACGCUAAAGCUCAUAAAGAGUUUAUUCAAAGUUUGACUACUAAUGAAAAAUAUGUACCAGUACAAUUUUACGACAACAUUGAUGUCAUUGUCGCGGGGGGUGUGGAAAUACAUAAAGUUAGUGCUACUGCGAUUGCACGAAAAAGACCUGUCAGUGAUCCCAUUAUCGAAGAGUAUAAAUUCACUGCUUAUCGUGACAGAAUGGAAACAUCAUUACGAGAAAUAUUAACGUUAUCCGUAGAUAUUACUCUUAAGAAUAUAACAAUGAACAAGGUGAAGACAAUUGAACUCGUUCAAGAUAAGGAUAAUAUCUUAGCAGAGAAACUCGCUUCCCCGCUGGUUUUGGACAUUUUGAACAAAUUGCCUUUGGUGCAAGCCAAUGUUAAUGUAUUCACAUCGGGAGGAAAACUGGACAAUAUUCCUGAAGAUGUCAUAGUUUCAGAAUUAAAUAUGAUUGAAACGGGUGAAAUCGCGUCAUUGGCCAUUGGAUAUGAUUUGUUAACGAAUGGAGAAAGGGACGAUUUGAAGAAACUUCUAAAAUCUACAAAAGACGGAGGUUUCAUUUUAUCUCGUGAAAAAAGGAAUACAACAUUGAACUUAUCAACUUUACAGGAGUUUCGAUUACGUAUAGUUUUAGAAAAACGUACUUCUGAGGAAUUUUGGAUACUGUUAAGAAAGACGAAUAAACUUGCAGAAAAUACCAUCAUUAUUCACGUUAAAAGUAAUGAAUUUGACUGGUUGCAUAAAGUGCAACCUAUACUUGCUAAGAAUGAAGAGCGAAACAUCCAGAACACAAGAAUCAUACUUGUUGAAGAAGGAAACUUUGAAUCCGGUCUCUUAGGAUUCAUUAAUUGUUUACAGAAAGAACCUGGUGGGAAUAUCUUUCGAGCUGUUUUAAUUCAAGAUCUUAAAGCCCCGAAAUUUUCUCUGAAAAUACCAUUUUACUCCGAACAACUCAAAACGGAUCUCGUUACUAAUGUUCUACGUCCAGGGAACGUUUGGGGAUCAUAUAUGCAUCAGCUACUUCCAUCUCGGCAGCCCAAGCUUAGCUAUCAUGCCAUUAUUAAUCAACCGGUACGUGGAGAUUUAAGAACAAUUCAUUGGGUUGAAGGGCCUAUUACAAAGGAUUAUCAAAAUGAAGAUCUUGUUAGUAUUCAUUAUGCAUCAUUGAAUUUUAAAGACGUGAUGUGGUCAACGGGUAAAAUAUCACUCGAAAUACAUAGAAAAGAUAUAGAUUACGUAAUUGGAUUUGAGUACAGUGGAAAAAGUAUUAGUGGACGUAGAGUAAUGGGAGUUAAUCAGAAUAGAUGUUUAUCAAAUUUUUGUCAAUUGGACAAAACUUUUUCUUGGACUGUACCAGAAAGUUGGACUUUAGAAGAUGCAGCAACAGUACCUAGUGUAUAUUGCACAUGCAUAGGUGCACUUUACAUAAACGGAGACAUGCAGAAGGGUGACAGGAUUCUUAUCCAUGCUGGUUCUGGUGGAAUCGGUCAAGCCGCCAUUAACUUAGCCCUUCGUGAAGGCUGUGAAGUAUUUACUACGGUCGGUACACCAGAAAAACGUGAAUUCAUUAAAAAAACAUUCCCUAGUAUAGAUGAUAAUCACAUUGGAAAUUCGCGAGAUACUAGUUUUGAAAAAAUGAUUUUGCAAGGAACGAAUGGUGCAGGUGUAGACAUUGUUCUAAAUUCUUUAGCAGAAGAUAAAUUUCAAACGUCGCUGCGUUGUUUGUCCAAUAAAGGAAGAUUUUUAGAAAUUGGAAAGUUCGACUUAACAGCAAAUCAUCAAUUGAGCUUCAAAAUCUUCAUGAAGGGCAUCAGUUUUCAUGGUGUAAUGUUAGAUCAAAUUAUGAAUACAAAUGACGAAGUCAAAAAAGAAAUUUGUUCAAUAUUCAACAAACUUUUGAAGGAAAAUGCGAUCAAACCGAUAAUUAGAACAGUCUUCGGCCAAGAUCAAGUAGAGACUGCAAUUAGAUUCAUGGCAGCCGGAAAGCAUAUAGGAAAAGUACUGAUUAAGAUCCGGGAAGAAAAUGAACCACUAAAUAAACCCAUUUUGGCUGAACCUUCUUAUAUUUGUAGUCCGAACAAAAGUUAUAUAGUUCUUGGUGGUUUGGGUGGAUUUGGCUUGGAACUAAUCGAUUGGUUGAUUUUAAGAAAUGCUCAGAAUAUUGUCAUUACUUCACGUAAUGGCAUAAAGUAUGGUUAUCAACACAUGAGAAUCAAAUUGUGGAAAUCAUACGGUGUGAAUAUCAAGAUCCUGGUAGGUCUAGAUGCGGCUGAUCGCGAUGCCAGUGAACUAAUUGUGAAAACAGCUAUUGACCAGGGUCCAGUCGAUGGUAUAUUCAAUCUCGCGGUAUCUUUGAAAGACGGUUUUUGUAGAAAUCAAACACCAGAGACUUUUGAGGAAUCUUUCAAAGGAAAAGCAUGGGCAACAAAAUGUUUGGACGAGGUGACCAGAAAACUUUGUCCAGAUCUUCGUCACUUCGUUGUUUUCUCUUCAGUGGCAUGCGGAAGAGGGAAUGCUGGACAAACUAAUUACGGUAUGGCUAAUUCCAUUAUGGAAAGAAUAUGUGAAAAGAGAGUAGAAGAAGGUUUGCCAGGAUUAGCUAUACAAUGGGGAGCGAUUGGAGAUGUUGGUUUGGUUAUUGAAAUGCAAAAUGAAGAUAAAGAACUUGUUAUCGGUGGUACCCUAGUGCAAAGAAUAUCCUCAUGUUUACAAGAACUUAAUGGGUUUUUGGUACAGGAUAAAGCUGUGGUUUCUAGUAUGAUAGUUGCUGAAAAACGAAAGAAAAGCGAUAUGAAUAAUGUUGUAAACGCUGUCUUAAAUAUUUUGUGUAUUAAUAAUUUGAACAGCAUUAAUCCACGUAUUCCCUUGCCUGAACUGGGAAUGGAUUCCAUGUCUGCUGUAGAAAUAAAACAGACAUUGGAACGUGAAUAUGAAAUAUAUCUUACUGCGUCAGACAUUCGGAACUUAAAUUUCGCAAAACUUAUAGAAAUGGAUAAGAAAUCGACCAAUACUUGUAAUCAUAAUGAAAACGAAGCAAAUCAAAUAUUAACCAUUACAAGUUUAUCGAGGCCAUUCUAUGAUGAAAUACUUGCUACCGAAAUAGUUAUACCACUUAAAACCAAACCGGUGGAGGGUCGGGAUGAGAUAUUCUUUCUUCCAGGAAUCGAAGGCUAUGCUGACAUUUUCAAAACAUUAGAAUCAAGAAUUAAAUCACCUGCGACAUGUUUUCAAUUCGAAACGAAUUACGAGUUAAAAACUAUUGAAGCUAUGGCCAAUUCCAUUCUACCGCACAUAUUGGAUAAACUGAAAGGUCGAAGUGAUUUUUUUUUAAUAGGAUAUUCAUUUGGAUCGGUUCUAGCCAUAGAACUAACGCGAAAAUUAGAAGCCAAAGGAUUUAUUGGCCGGUUAAUAUUGAUAGAUGGUGCUCCUCAGCAUCUGAAAAUAUUUAUACAGGAAAACUUGCGUUCGUCGUCGCAGGAAGAACUAGAAAACAAUAUUUUGCUCGAUAUAAUGAAUGCACACAUUAAUGUCAAAGCUGUAGAGCUUGAACAUGAAUUAAAAAAAUGCAAUUCGUGGGAUGAGAAAAUAAAUACAUUUCUUAAUGUUCUAUCUCCCGAACACAAAGAAUUAUUUUUGAAAGCAGAUCGAAGAAAUGCUAUUCUCUCACUUUUUGUGAGAUUGCAAGCAAUUACAACUUAUAAUCCAGAACCAAUGCCAUAUCUAAGAGCACCAAUCACAUUGUUCAAGCCGCUGUUUCCAUCUGUAUUAAAUGCUACGUAUGAUUAUGGACUACAGAAUGUAACUGAAGGCAAAGUAGAUGUUCACAUUGUUGAAGGUAAUCAUAUCACGAUGUUAUGUGCCACGGAAAUUUCAAUGGCUAUUAAUGGUGAACUAUUUGAGUAUGCUGCAACAUUUACAGAAAACGUAAUUUAAGAAAACGAAUAGAGCGUUUAUGAUAUAUUUGUAUGUUGUGAUUUUCCGAAAUAAAUAUGGAAUAUCAAAUUUUUCUAUCAAUUUCCUUUGUAUUUUAUAAAAAAGAGCAUACAAGGAAAGUAUGUUUUUCGCUUCUGAUAAAUAUUUGGAAAGUAUAGCAGAUAAUUGGAUAAUAUCUGUUGUUAUAUAUAUUAUAUCCGCUAUUAUAAUCAUCUGUUCUUAUGCACUGAAUAAUCUAAAUUUACGAGCUCUACUUUUAAUUGAUUUAGAUUCAACAAUUAAGAACAAUUUAUAAAGAGAAAUCAAGGCUUAUUUUAAUAAUCAAAUAGCUUUACGUAAUGUAUACAAGUAACUUGACCAUACAGGUCUCAAUCUGUACCAAUUUCAAGCGAUCCAUAUCAUAGAUGGAUCAGGGUUUCUUAAUAAAUUAACAUGUUUCGAGGA